CUAUUACUGUCGCAGAUGUACGUGGCGCUGUUUCAGCCGCUGCACGUGACGCGUCAACAAUUUCGCAAGGUGCUCAACUGCAUGAAGGUAAUACGUGGACUGAAGUACCAGGAGGUCUAUGCCCAGGAGAAGGUAACCAAAGUUGACAGCCUGUCACUGGUGCUCAGCGGCAAAUUGGUCGUAUCGCAGCAUCAGCGGGCGCUGCACAUUGUGUUUCCCCAUCAGUUCCUAGACUCGCCAGAGUGGUUUGGCGUCUCGACCGAUGACUACUUUCAGGUGUCCAUAAUGGCCAUGGAGGAGUCGCGCGUGCUCAUCUGGCAUCGGGACAAGCUCAAGCUGUCCAUCAUGGCCGAGCCCUUCCUGCAAACAGUAUUUGAUCACAUACUGGGGCGAGAUGUGGUGAAAAAGCUAAUGCAGGUGACACAGGUGAGCGAGUCAAUAGCCAGCAACGGUUUCCUGCCCUCGGGCGGCUAUGCGGAGGAUGCCGAGGACAAGCCCAUGCUCAUUCUGAAGAAGAGCGUCGAUGUGGGCCACGGACUGACGGCCCUAAUCAACCGUCAGCUGCAAGAAGAGCAUGUUCCUUUACUUGGUCGCACGUACAAACACACUAAGCAGCAGCUGCCGCCGACGACGCCAGGUGGCGCCAGUUUGGCGGACACCAGCGUUGAUCAUUACUCCAUCGCCGCCGAUGCAGCUGCUGGACACGAUGGCAGCAAGCAGUCAAAUUGAAAACGAGUCCUGAUCAAAGCAACUGCUUACACACUCCCCACACACAGACACAUUCGCACACCACUACUCACAGAUAUAACACCAUUUGUAUAUGUAUGCCAUCAGCGUCAACAGCAACAACAACAACAAAACAGCAUCUACCACAUCAACUGCCAGCACUGGCUUCAAGAGCAGCAAUAUUUGAUUGAGCGCUAGCGAGCAGCUCUGCACAAUGCCGGCAUCAUUGACAUCAUCCACAAUAGAAAAGUCACCUAUAGUAGCAUUUAUCAUUGCUCAUCACUCAUCGCUCAUCGAUCAUCGAUCAUCGAUCGUCAGUUGUCGCCAUCGAUCCUCAAGUCAACCCACACACUCGCACUUCAAUGUUUGUCUAAACUUUAAGCAUACGGAAAUUAAAUAGAACUGUAUCAAUGAUCGAGCCAGCUUCUGUUGCCAGGCACUUGUCAAUUGCUUGCCUCUCUGUUUAGCCUCAAGAUAAACGAUCAA